GAUGGCUCCAUGAAGUUGUUAGUACAAAAAUGGCUGAUUUCCUGCCCUCCCGGACGGCGGUAGUUUGUAUCCCCAGUUGUCUCCUCUCAAACAACGAAAUCGAGCAGCAGAGGAAAUCGAAAGAGAUCGACAGAUGCAUUUCUCGGGAGAAAACGUACGUGAAGCGCCUGGUGAAGAUAUUACUUCUCGGAGCAGGCGAAAGCGGCAAGUCAACUUUCCUCAAGCAAAUGCGCAUAAUUCACGGACAGGACUUCGAUCAGCGGGCCAGAGAGGAGUUCCGGGCUACCAUCUACACCAAUGUUAUCAAAGGAAUCCGAGUGCUGGUUGAUGCCAGAGAGAAACUGCAUAUUCCGUGGGGAGACCCCUCAAACCAGAACCAUGGAGAGACCCUGAUGGCCAUUGACACCCGCUCUGCCAUGAUGGCCCAAGGAAACGUAGAGACCAAAGUCUUCCUGCAUUAUAUGCCAUCCAUUCGCUCGCUGUGGGCAGACAGCGGUGUCCAAAGUGCCUAUGACCGAAGACGAGAGUUUCAGCUGGGUGAAUCAGUGAAAUAUUUCCUGGACAGUUUGGAUAAAAUCGGGGAGCCGGAUUACUUACCAAGCCAACAGGACAUACUUCUUGCCCGGAAGCCAACCAAGGGCAUCCACGAGUAUGACUUUGAGAUCAAGAAUGUUCCGUUUAAAAUGGUGGAUGUGGGAGGGCAGCGGUCAGAGCGCCGACGAUGGUUCGAGUGCUUUGACUGUGUUACGUCUGUUCUCUUCCUGGCAUCAUCUAGCGAGUUUGAUCAGGUUCUCAUGGAGGACCGUCAGACCAAUAGGCUUAUGGAGUCGCUUAACAUAUUCGACACCAUUGUCAACAACCGAGUGUUUUCUAAGGCCUCCAUCAUUCUCUUUCUCAAUAAGACAGACCUGUUGGAAGAGAAGGUUAAGACUGUGUCUAUCAAGGACUAUUUCCCCGACUUCAGCGGCGACCCCCAUGAUCUGAUUGAGGUUAAGAAAUUCUUGGUGGAAUGCUUUCGCAGCAAGCGGCGUGAGCAGCAGGCCAAACCCUUCUACCAUCACUUUACCACGGCCAUUAACACGGAGAACAUCCGCCUUGUCUUCCGGGAUGUCAAAGACACAAUCUUGCACGAAAAUCUCAAGCAGCUCAUGUUACAAUGAGAGACAUGCCUUAAUGCUUAAUAUCAUUCCAUUUUAAUGAGGUUUUUAGUUCUAGAGCAAGUGAUUCAGGCCCUGAAAUUGGCGCCUGUGCAAAGCAGGCAGAUUUUGCCACUAGCAGAUAAAGACUACUUCACCAGACAUCACUUACUGCCUUUUAUUUCAGUGUCCUUUUUAGUCCAUUUAGAGGAGUCACUUGAGUAGCCUGCAUUUCUUUUACUGCUUUUGUGUAGGACACGCCCUUCUGCCAGCUGUACUGCUGUCAUCCUCACUUUAAUGUUUUAUUAUUUUACAUUUCUGUUUUGUCUCUUUAAACUGUCAGAUACCUCCAUGCUUGAUCUAACCUAACUUAGUUAUGCUUGUAUACAUCCCUGUGUGAUAUCUAAAUCAUGUGAAGCAUCGUACUAAUUUCUCCAGUCAAAACAAGUUUUAGGGGGUCGAAGUGACCGUAUCAUGAUAAUCUCUGCUCUGCUAAAUGAGGCUAAGUCCUAUGAUUAGGCUGCCCAGAAAACUGGAUUUUAAAAAGUGGCAGACACAAUUCAGUCAUUUAGCACAAGGAGGCAUAAAAAUAUAGCUUGCAUCCUUAUGGAUUUGGGGAAAACCCUGGAGAAAGGGCCUGAACUUUUUUUAAGCAAGCAUUUAAAAAAAAAUCACUAAUGUUCCUUUUAUGUUGUGCUAAUCUGAAGAACCUACAAACAUAUUUUAUAUAACUAACUGCUACCUGUUUUGUCAUACUCCUAUGUUAUUUUCCUUAAACUAGCAGUCUAAUAAUAUAAAUGGACAUAGGAUCUAGUAAAACGUGAACUAACAAUGAGAGAACAAUGUGUUUAGAAGAAUUAGCCCACAUUGGUUACUCCCGAGAGAAGGUUAUGUAAGAUUAUCCGUGUGUAUUUUGUGGUUUCGGUGAAUUCAGGCUGAACAAUAUUGGGCUCAUUAAGCAGGUGUGUUUGUUAGGUUUAGUUUUGGGUUUUGUUUUAUUAUAUGUUUUUAUUUACAUACAGACUGAACCGUUUCAGGUUUUCUUUGAGGCUUUUUUUCAGCAUCUACCCUGUACAACAGGUCUGGACGUGCCUUAGAACAAAGUGCUAGAUGUUCAGCGAUGCCACUCCAAAUGUGUAUAACUCGCACUCCAAUAUGCACAAUAACUGCUGAGACUCAGGGGCUGUAAAUAUGCAUGAUAGCCACUUAAUAGUGGUGAGUGGCCUUCUAUUAUUGACAAAUUUAGGAUUAAACCAUUCCUCUAACAACCAACUUUAAAAAAAUACCACAUUAGUGCACUUGGAUCAUGCUGAGAAAUGUCGUAAUCCAGUUAAGGUACCUGUGUAUGUUGUGCUGUUGUCUUUUAUCCUUAUCCAAAGGAAAAGACUUAAAUGUUUUUGUAAUACAGAGUGUGUUGUAUAGUUCCCUUGUCUAUAGUUUUAAUCAUAGCUCCCCUCCCCCCACUUGUUUCUAUAAAGUGGAGUGUACCCAGCUAUAUAUAUGUAUGAACCCUCUUAAAAUGGUUUAUACUGUAUAAGUAAUUCACAAAAACGUAGCUAAAUAUGUGUACAUAUGCAUUAACCAGAUUCACCACAGCAGCCAAAUUGAGCUUUUGUGCUUAAGGCACAACUGGUCAAUUUAUAGUGUUUGUGGUGUGUGGGUGUUUGUUCUGGUUAGUAUUCCACCAUAAACUUAAACAUUUGACUUCAUUAAACUGCCAUCUUUAAGAACACCAUGUGUAUUAUAUAAUUAAUCUCAGGUCUGUUUCACAGUAGAUUUUCUCAGUUCAGUUGCCGCUUUAAGCAAAGAUGAAGAGAAUUCUUAUGUCUUAUAAGAAUAUGCUUAUAUCUUAAGUUGACUUGUCAUGUAUGACUGAGAUUAUGACUUUUUAUAGUGCCUUCCUGGUUUUAUACAAGGUAAAUGCUCUAUUGUUUCAACCUUAAAAAUUGAACAAGACAGUUUUUUUUUUUUUUUUUUAUUAUCUGGCUUGUGAACUGAUUUCCUGAAGAUUGGCAUUGUUUUUUUUUGUUCAUGUUUCCUGAACAACUUUGUGUCAAUCUUUAGUCCAGUUAUGAACUUUGUGUACAGCAUCAGUUUCAUUUUCAGUUUAAUUGUGUAACGUCUUCGGUCCAUUAAACCAGCUAUUUUACAAA